ACAACUGACGAUACAUUUUCAAAUGAAAUAGUCAUUGACAUCCAUUUUUCAAAGCCUAAUUUGACCUACGUUACUUCACGAGCUAAUGGUUUAAGCAGCAUCAUUCCCAAGAUUGCGAAUAUUACUUCGACUUCACAAGCUAUCAUCUUCGUUGAGGUGACAGAGGACGGCCUGUUUUAUUCCACCCUUUUGGACAGUUGCUCGAUUCCCUCCAUCGGAUUGCUACAGAGCAGAACAGCAUUUCCCAUUACAAAGGAAAGUUCAGGUGGAUUUACAAAAGUAGCAGCACCUUCUAUUAUAGAAUACGCGCAAGCUAUGGUGAAUGUCAUACAGAAAAUGGCAUGGCAGACUCUUAGCUUAGUGGUGUCGGCCACAUACGAGGGACAUGUGUUCGCCAAUGCUGUUAAACAGCUAGCUUGGGAGAAAAAAUGGCGUGUUUUCAUAACGUUGUGGAUUCAGGGCGACGAAACUGUCGAAGAACUAUCGAUGGGACUGCGAAAUGUUACUCGAGCAAAAUCCGAUGUUGUCAUCGGGCACAUUCGGGAGCUCGAGAGGUUUAACGACGACAUAUUUCGGACCAUCCAAGACUUGCAAGGCUUUGACGACAGCAGUGCUUGGCUGGUUAGUGACGUCACUACGAGCGGGAUACUGGAUCUGAACUUGAUUCCAGCCGGGCUGAUUCAGGUCAGCGGCAAAUCACCCGAGAUAGGCCACGAUUAUGGGUUGUACGUCAAUGUGUUAUUCGAUUCCUUUGUCAUGAUUGAAAGUGCUUUUAAAAGUUCUGUUGCAGAACUAAACGACGAUUUAAGACGAGAUAAUUCCUCUGCUGAGAAGAACAAACUUCUGCAGGGACUGGCUGUCAAGUACUUAAAGGAAGCUCAAUUUGAGGGGAAAAGCUCGUUGUUCAGAGAUCAUUUCUUGUCCGACCAACCCCACACAGUCUUUAACAUCUGGAAUCUUAGAAGGGAUCUCGAUGGUAGAAAACAUUGGUUUCAGAGUGGGCUCAUCACACCUUCUGGAAUCGCUUUAGAGUCCAUUGUGGACCUCAGUGGAGGUACCGUGUUUCCGCUCCUUCAUCCAAUGCGCCCAACCCUGAGAGUCCCUGUCGUUCUGUGGCCCCCACUCGUGCAGGCAGAGGAUCCAGCGGUUGCAGAAAACCACCAGACUUGCGUUGGAAGGGCACUGCCUUGUUAUAAGUACACCAAUGUAGAAAAUUCCACAUGGAGCACAAAACAACUACUUUGUUGUUACGGAGCGUCAAUAGAUUUUUUGAAGUUUCUGCAAAGAGAUCUUGGAUUUGAUACGGAGAUUUAUAUCACUCCGGAUGGGCAAUACGGGAAGUUGAACGUCGUCAAUGGCACGUGGAAUGGCAUUAUAAAUGAAAUUAUUUCCGGUAAAGCAGAUUUGGCGCUUGAUUUGGCUGGGAGCCUGGAACGUGCCAAGGCCGUCGACAUGUUGUAUCCCUGUAUCGCGUCGGCGAUGAAUAUUUUAGUGCAGAAACAGCAAAAUUACGGAGAACAAGUCAGCGUCUGGUACUCCUGGCUCAAACCCUUCGAAUAUGAUCUGUGGAUUGCUAUCUUGGUGACGUGCAACUUAGUACUGUUCAUUGUUUGGUGGUUGGAUAGGAAGAGUCCUAAAGGAUAUUAUCACAUUCUUAAGGAUAGUGACGAGGACGCUUUUACUUUGCUAGACGCCAUGAGUUAUGUCUGGGGCGUGGCCUUCAGUAAAGACAUAGGCGCAGAGAAGACUCCACGCAGCAACAGCGCCCGCGUUGUGUCAGUGGCUUACGCGUUACUGGCUUUAAUCAUGGUGAAUACGUACUGCGCUAAUCUGAUGGCGUUCUUACUUCAGGAGUCUUAUAUACUGCCCAUCAGUGGAGUGAAGGAUGUGAAGUUAACUCUCAACCCACCUGAUGGCUUUAAACUCGGAAUAACACGUGGAAGUAACGAAGAAGCAUACUUCAAGAAUCACGUGGAAGAUUUAUUCAGGAAAAUAUACCUGGUUAACCUGAAAAUACACCUGGUGAAUGGCUUCCAGGAUGGAAUGCAACAACUGGUAGAUAACAAGAUAGAUGGUUUGGUGGGUGACUACCUCUCUUUACAACAAGCUGCAAAUAAAAUCCCAGACUGCAGUUACAGCCUAGCUGGGCCAAACUUCUACAACUUUGGCUACGGCUUCGCAUUUCCAAAAGGAUCGCCAUGGGCGGAAGAGGCAACUCUAUCAGUGUUGAAAAACCAAGAGAAUGGCAGCAUACAAGCCAUCCUGGAUUACUGGUUCAAUAAAAAGGAGUGCAGCCAGCCCGUUGAAGAGCUUGGUGCUGAGAAAUUCAUUGGCUUGUUUUUGCUCUUGGUCGGGGUGAUCGCUUUCUCCAUUAUGGCGCUUAUUUCGGAGAUGCUCAUCAUCUUUGUUUUGGUCAAAUUCGGAAGGCGCUUGGGCCCGAUGGGAAAAUUCAUGAAGAGGAUGAUCUUCAGCGUGCGGAAAGGCGAGGAAAAUGACAUUCACAUCAAGUGGCUGCAGCUUUAUAGACAUCACAAAAGCAUGAGACCGAGCGAGGCUGAGUUCGCGGCAGCACAAGACACAUCUUUACGAAGGGCGAGCUUUUGUAACUUGAGCUUUGAAUUUGGAAGCGACAUGCUAAGCAGAGAUGAACAUUCAUUGUAUCUAAGAAGAUGCAGAUUAGUGGAUGUUGAUGGAGUAAACAGUGAAAUCCAAACUGCAGAGCUUUCGGAGCGGCCAAAAAACCUUGCCCCCAAGAGAACAGAGAACGUAUCACUUUAAUUAUAUUAAUUCAAAUUUAAAGCGUAACAAGUUUGUAUAAAGCAUAACAAGUUUAUACUACUCAACUUUACGUUCGUGGUAAAUAACUACAAGUUAAAUGAGCUGUCUACAUACUCGUUGCCACGUAAUUCAGAUCACGUGAUGAUUCAUUUGAGAGAAAACAAUCGCGCAAUUGGCCACACGCAUCUGAUUGCACGCGAGUAUGUGCAAACGAGACCAUUGUAACCUCCCAAAUGAAUCAUCACACGAGCUUAAGGAUGGCAACAAGGAUGCAAACACGUUAGCCAAAUCAAUCAAUGGAAAUCGUUUUACUCUGUACAGCACGCCAGUUUUAUAAUAAACGCGUUUUUCUUUGGAAUCCUCGCUCUCCUUCCUUAGUAUGGGACGAGCAGCUUCGAAUAAUAGCUACCCUUCGGGACAGGAUAUGAUCUUCACUCAAAAUGCUGAUAAAAUAUGAUGUGAAAAUCCUCCACAAAUAACAAAACGGUCAGUGUUAAACGCAGACCGCGGACUGCAGACCAGGGGUAAAAUGUAGACUGCAAACUGAAGACCUUUUCAUUGAAUCGUGUCACUAUUUCCAUCGUUAAGACCUAACCGUCAACAGGCUAACCAGUGCGUUAUUUAGGCUGACGUGAGUGAUGAUCAGGCCAACCUGAGUGAUAUUCAGUCUAACCUGAGUAAUAUUUAGGUUAACCUGAGUGCUAUUCAGGCCAACCUAAGUGAUAUUCAGUCUGACCAGAGUAAUAUUCAGGCUAACCUGUGUGAUAUCCAGUCUAACCGGAGUAAUAUUUAGGUUAACCUGAGAGAUGUUCAGGCUAACCGGAGUGAUAAUCAGUCUUACCGAAGCGUUACUCAGAUUAACCGGAGGGGAGAUUUUCACCGCGAUCAGCCUGAAUAACCCUGUUUACGAUUAGCACUCGAUAAUGGAAAUGAACUUAAAAGGUCUGCGGUCCGCAGUCUGCAGUCUGCAUUAUACCCUUGGCCUGCAGUCUGAAUUUCACCCUUAAUCUGCAUAUUACCCUCGGUCUGAAGUCUGCAGUCGCUUACCGUCACUAUCACUUUCACAAAUUUCAAUAGACUGAUCAUUUUUUAUUGACCUCUUGGCUUACUUUACAAACUGAUCCUGGGUUUUUACACUUCUCGUGCAUAUUAAUAAAUACCUCGAUUUAAAGAUACAGUUGCAUCACAUAAAAAAAGGAAGAGGAAACUGCUAAAUCCUGACAGCUUGCCGAGAGGAAACAGGCCGGUUAAAAUAACUUAAAAUUUGAGAUGUAUACAAAGUUUGAUGUUUGACAAUUUGUGACAAAAGCUAUUCCUUUUUAAGUUCCACUAAAGUUGGAAGAUAUAAACGAUGGUAAAGUACAUGUUCAAUCACACAAUACUGACAACAACGCAGUUAAUGUAAGACGCGAGAGUGAUAUUUCACUCUCCCACACGAUAAGUCUCCUAACUGACUUUCGCACAUCUUAAGGAGGUGAUUUUUUUUUUCUUUUCUUCCCUCGGUAAAAAAAAAAA